AUGGGGGAGGGCGUCGUCACGGUCAUGGAGCCGCAGGAGCUGGCCGCGCUGCUCAAGAGCCCCGACAGGGAGCGCACGCUGGUGCUGGACGUGCGGGACGACGACUUCGUGGGGGGCCACAUCAAGGGCUGCGUCAACCUGACGUCCGACCACUUCGACGACGACGCCGAGGUGGACGCGAUCAUCAAGGAGCACUGCGUGAACAAGGACCGCGUGGUGGUGCACUGCAUGAUGAGCCAGAGGCGGGGCCCGGCCUGCGCGGCGCGCCUGGCGGACCGCGUCCUGGCGUCGGAUCUCGACCCCAAGCCCACCGUGUUCGUCCUAACGAGCGGCUUCCAGAAGUUCGGCCAGCUGUACUCGCACGACCCCGACUUGUGCGAGGCGUGUUGA